AUGUCUGGGUUCCCACGAGCAAGGCAUUCAUUGCCUCCCUCACUUUCCUCCUCCUCCUCUCCUCCUCCCUCCUCCUCCCCAUCUCACCUGCCUCCUUCCCUCGACCUCUUUUUCACCGGCGCCGUCGCCUUCUCCCUCUCCCUCCUCGUCUUUAUCCUCUUCCGCUUUAAGAAGAGCUCCUCGGGGGCCCUCAACCUCCCUCCCGGCCCAAAAGGCUGGCCUAUUGUGGGCAACCUUUUCCAAGUCGCGCUAUCCGGCAAACCCAUCAUCCACUACAUCCGUGACCUCCGCGCCCUCUACGGCCCAAUAUUCACCCUCCGCAUGGGCACCCGCACUCUCAUCAUCAUCACCAAUGCCGAGCUGGCCCACGAGGCCCUCAUCACCAAGGGGCAAGAGUUCGCUAGCAGGCCCCCCGAAAACCCCACCCGAACCGUUUUCAGCUGCGACAAGUUCACCGUCAACUCUGCUGUUUACGGGCCAGAGUGGCGAUCACUGCGGCGCAACAUGGUUUCGGGCAUGCUGAGCUCUGCUAGGCUCAAGGAGUUCAGGCCUGCUAGGGAGUCUGGUAUGGACCGGUUCAUCGAACGGAUUCGGGCCGAGGCAGAGUCCAGUGAGGGUGCGGUUUGGGUGCUCAAGAAUGCUCGUUUUGCCGUCUUCUGUAUACUUAUUACCAUGUGCUUUGGUGUUCAUCUUGAUGAGGACAGUAUAGACAAGAUCGAUCAGAUGAUGAAGAAGGUCCUCAUCACCCUGUCACCAAGAAUGGACGACUACCUCCCCCUCCUCCGGCCCUUCUUCUUUAAGCAAUUCAAACGGGCUCUCGAGGUCCGCAAGGAGCAGAUGCAGACCGUGGUCCCCCUCAUCAGGAAACGCCAGGCCAUCCUCCGGAACCCCGGCCUAGAACCACACGCCGCUCCCUUCUCCUACCUCGUACUCCCUCCUCGACCUCAAGUCGAGGCGCCGCAAAUCCCUCCAGACGACGUCGAGCUGCUCACGCUCUGUCCUCCGAUUCCUCAACGGCGCACCGACACCACGCCACCGCCAUCGAGUGGCCUCGCGCCGGCUGCAUCGGAUAAACCCAGCCUUCCAGGUCGAACCUGUACGAGGAUCGUGGCCACCGGUCGGGAACAGGAGGUGGAGCGAGAAGUGACACGGAGAAAUAUUUGCGCGUGCCUGCAGGCGUUUAUCAAAGAGCUUGCUGCCGUAAACCCGCGACUUACUUCUCGCCUCACCCACGCCGCCGUCAAGCCGGGCUCCCAACUUAGCGGGUACGACAUCCCGUUCGGGGCCAAUCUGGAGAUUUUCCUGCCAACCAUAUCGGACGACCCCAAGCUGUGGUCUGAGGCCGACAAGUUCGACCCGGAAAGGUUCUUAACAGGCAGGGAGAAUGCGGAUAUAACGGGUUUGGCCGGGAUCCGGAUGAUACCGUUCGGCGUGGGUCGGAGGGUGUGUCCGGGUCUGGCGAUGGGGAUGACCCACAUUACGCUGAUGGUGGCCAGGAUGGUCCAGGCGUUUCGCAGUGGCGGGCUCACCACUCAACCUGUGGUCGACUUCAGCGACAAAGCUGAGUUCACUGUGGUUAUGGAGAAGCCACUGUUGGCUGUGGUCACGCCCAGGAAGUGAUAAUUAAUGCUUUGCCUAAAGAGCGUCGACGUCGGAUAUAAUCUUCUUGUUGAUGCUUGACGUACCCUCCUUUUCAUUUUUCAACUUUUUUUUUUUUUUUCUUUUUUUUUUUUUUACCCGCCCCCCUCCAUGUGGUUGUAACUCGUUCGUAAUUAUAUAGUGGUGUGCUUUUACAUGUUGGGACGUGAAGGCGUAAAUUAAUUAAUUUGAAGAGUCAUCGACCGACCUCAUGAUGAUUUUUGCU